AUGCUUACGGGCAAGCAUUCCGUGCUCUCUACCAUCAUCUAUCCAUUUGACCAUAACAGCGGCUAUCCCAGAAUUUCAGAAUCUGGAAAAUAUGUUUUCAGAAUGAACUUCAACGGCUGCUGGAGACGCGUUGUCGUAGAUGACCGACUACCAGCCUCGAAAACAAAUAGGACGCUCUUCGUGGUAGACAGACGGAACACACGACUCAUCUGGCCAGCACUACUAGAAAAGGCAUAUCUCAAAGUGCGUGGUGGCUACGACUUCCCAGGUAGCAACUCAGGUACCGACCUCUGGGUGCUUACAGGUUGGAUUCCCGAACAACUUUUCCUUCAAAGGGAAGACUUCGAUUUGAGCACAACCUGGAGGAGAAUCAAGGCCGCCCAUGAAACUCAGGACGUUGUCGUUACUCUCGGAACCGGCCGUAUUUCCGCAGAGGAGGAGGAGGUCAUGGGCUUGGUUGGGGAGCACGACUAUGCUGUGCUGGACAUGGAUUGUUCUGACGGGAUACGGAAACUACUGAUAAAGAAUCCAUGGUGCAACGGACCUGUUUGGACCGGUGCUGGUUGGUCCACGCCGCAACAAUCUCCGAGGGCGGGCAUGAGCCUGGAUGGAGAAACCGCUGGCCAGGAACCAGAGCUAUACCCCUCAGGCACACUGUGGGUGGCGUUUGAAGACGUGGCCCAGCAUUUCGAGUCCAUGUACUUGAACUGGAACCCAAAACUCUUCCCGCAUCGUCAAGACCGCCACUUCAGUUGGAGCACACCACCAAAGUACCUUGCCGCAUCACUGGUGCGCAAUGUCCAAUACUCUAUCAGCUGCCCUCGAGGUGGUCUCGUCUGGAUGUUGGUGAGUCGCCAUUUCGUUGAUCAAGAGCUGGUCAUUAUGCGGAAUCGUCGAGACUCCAUGGCCGCGGUUGCUGAGCAGCUUGGGUACAUGAGCAUCCUCAUCUUCGAAACCAACGGCAAACGUGUGCAGACGAGUGAAGGUCAUCUGUAUCGCGGCCCCUAUGUCGACUCCCCGCAAACCUUGGCUCGAUUGGAGACUGAGCCGGGCAAACAAUACACCAUCGUAUUGGACCAACAAGAACUGCCCCUAGAGAGCUAUAGAUUUACCCUCACCGUCUUCUCCGAGUUCCCUGUUGAAGUGCGCGAGGCGCAAGAGGAAAUGUCACAUUCCAAAGAGAUGAUAGAGGAGCGUAUGCGUGCCCCAAUCCAAGUUUCCUGGCUCACCCGAGGCAGUGUCUGCGUACGAAAUGUCAGUCCCAAAGGCUCGAGAGACGAGGUGGUGCGCCAGUCCUCUUCGCCCAUGAUCCGCGUCUACAUCGUGCAUGGUUGGGGUCCCCAGCAGCUCGUUAUUGCCGAGUCUGGCGACGGUGAGUUUGUCGAGUCCACAGCGGCGCUGCGAACACCAGAGUUUGAUCUCGAGCCGGAGCGGACGCACUCAGGACAAAUGUGGCUUGUUGUUGAGACGAUUGGGGUGCCCAAUGCCUUGGCAUCCCUCGAAAUGGACGUCUUCAGCGACUCUCCCGUCCAAGUUGGCCCAUGGCAGAGUUGGUAA